UAAGAAGAAGAAGCGCUUGUAAACAAAACACAGGGAGUCGUUGGUUCGACAGUUCUUUUCGUCCCGACAAGCCAUCUGUAAUUGUUUAUUGUGCUAUUCUGCCCUUUGUGGGUCUGGAAGUGCCAUAAUGACUGCAAUAGAAAAGAUUAGGGAAAGAGUGUCAGAACUAUACAGGUUUCGGGAUGAAUAUUUCACUACGCAUAGUUCUGACGAGGCAACCAACAAGACGAAAGAGGUUCAAGAGGAAAUUAAUAAAACAUUAAAAAUGAUUGAUAGCCUCAAAGACCAAGUAAGUGCCGAGAAUAAAGGUGAAUUGUUCUUUCUGAGGGGCAAAGCUUUGAAUGCUACACAAGAAUAUAGUCCAGAAGCUGAAGAAGAACUAGGUCGGGCUACAAGAUUUAAUCUGUCAGAUGCAUGGAACGAACUUGGGGAGUGUCAGUUUAAAAAAGGAGAUCUAGCUGGAGCUCACACAUGUUUUGAGAAGGCACUUAAGCUGGCACAAAAUAAAGUUUAUUACCGCAAUAUGUCAAUGCUUAUGAGAAGCUUGCCAUGGAAAACCGGUACCGAAAGAGAAAACAAUGUUGAAAAGGGUUUAGAUUAUGCAAGAAAAGCCAUUAAUUUGGAUAUGAAUGAUGGGCAUUCCUGGUUGGUAUUAGGGAAUGCAUAUCUAGCAUCUUUCUUCACUAUAGACUCAAAAUUGGAAUCACUGAAGAACUGCAAAGCUGCAUACACCAAAGCAUCCAGUGAUCCCGUAGCUGCUACACUUCCAGAACUUCAUUUCAGUAAGUUUCACGUCCAGUGGUAUGAAGAAGAUUAUGCAGGAGCACUUCUCAGCUUAAGGAAAGCAUCAGAGCUUGAACCCUCAUGGGUUGAAUGUAAGGCAAAAUUUAAUGAGUGUCACAAGUUUUUAUCCAAACUAACCUUAAUGGUGAAAAGUAAGGGUCAGCUAAAUCAAAGACGGAUCAAUAGCCUCGUCGCUGAUAUUCACCCCAGUCAGCUGGGGCCUUAUGAAAAAGGAGGAACCAAUUUGACUGCUGGAAAAAAGCCAGAUCUAGUCCCUCUUUCACUUUUGGGGGAAGGAAACAAUCAGGACAAAAUAGUUUUAGGAAAAGUGGUUUGCACAGUCAUUCCAGAAUCAGGCAUUCCGUUUUCAAUGUGUGUUAUUGAUAAGGAAGGUGACUGUAUGGCUAUCACUGUCUACAACUGGGCCAGUGGCUGUGGUGUUAAAAUAGGUGAUUCUGUAGCUGUUGUUGCACCUGUAUUGAAAAGUCACAGUAUUGAGGUAUCAAAGGAUGAAAACCUGGAGUUCAGAGCCAUACGAGUGGCACUUCCACUCAUGUUGGUUGUGAACAAACGUGCAGUUGGAGUAAGCCAGGUAGCCACAUCUCAAAUUGUUUCCCAACAAAAACCAGAGUGAAGGACCUUAUGUAUGAGGAGUUUUCUUUUCAUUCAAUUUAUUAUGUGCUAAAGGCGUUCUUCAUCAUCUGUGAUAUAUGAUAUUAACUGUAAUAGUGUUUCUUCCAUAACAACAACUAUUUUGUAUUCUUAGCUGACAUGUAGAUGACUCAUAACUUGUAACUGUGAUUAUAACUUCAAAAUAUUAUUGUGAGGCCUAUUUAUGAUAGGUUUUUGAUGUCAGUAACUUUGGUAUCAGUUUUGUCACAACUAGCUAAUAGUACUUUUGAAUGAAUUCCGUACAGUUCUUUGGAAGGUACCAUUAUUCUAUCCUCAAAAAUGUAAUAUGCUUGGUACAUUUACAGAAUAUUUAAAAUUACUGUGUAUUCCUGUCAGGAAUUGGACUAAUUCCAGAAAGUAAAGUGAAUUUAGACUACAAAUUGAUCAUUGAAUUUUAUUUCUAUAUAGUAUAAGCUAUUUUCAACACUUAAUUUGGCUUCAGCAUUGUCAGUUGUUUUUUAUUGUUUUAAGAAAAAUAUACUCUAGUACAGUGUAUCUUUUUUUUUAUAAGUGCAAUAUUGCUAAGUGGAAAAAUAAGUUUCCAGUGAAUAAUAUUUUAUUCAGUGAACUAGUGUGAUUGUUAAUAGCUUGAAACUUUGCUUUAAAAAGACAUGCUUUUGUCCCUAUAGCUAAAUAAGGUAUCUUUCUUACCUUAAGUCUUCUGCUGUAUGGGAGGGAAUUCCAGUAUUAGCUCUGUCUGUGUUUUUAUAGCCUUACUUAAAACUAUUUGCACGAACUGUUUAUUCAAAAUUAAGCCUUAGGGAUCUUAUAUGAAUUUAUACAGACUGUGGUUAAUAUAAAUAUUGGAAUUAGCAAACUAAUGUAUGAUUCUCUUCAUAAGACUAAUGUAUGAUUCUCUUCAUAAGAUAUAGGUAUUUAGCAUUGUAAUGCAAGUCAUUAAAAGAGAACUUACA